CGUGACAGAGCUGACAGGAGAGCAGUAUGGCGGACAUGCAUGUGGAGCUUCAAAACAAACAGCAUCGCCUUUUCAGCUAACGCUGCCGCCAAUUACAUCGACAGCGCGCGUUGGUAGCGGGUCACAGGAGCCCGAACAAACAUCAGUAUGGACGAGGAAAACAAACUUCAGUUCCCGUCUCUGCCCGCGACCAAGGAGGAGCUGUUGGACUGGGCUUAUCCAAUGAGACGAGAAAUGCAGGAGAUAUUACCAGGUCUGUUUUUAGGCCCCUACUCUGCUGCAAUGAAAAGCAAGCUGCCAAUUCUGGAGAGACAGGGCAUAACACAUAUUGUGUGUGUACGCCAAGACAUUGAAGCCAAUUUCAUCAAACCCAAUUUCCCUCAUGCCUUUAGAUACCUUGUAUUAGGUAUUGCUGACAAUCCAAUGGAAAAUGUUAUAAGAUUUUUUCCUACGACAAAGGAAUUCAUUGAUAGCUGCUUAGAAACCGGAGGAAAGGUACUAGUUCACGGUAAUGCAGGGAUUUCAAGAAGUGCCGCCUUAGUGAUUGCAUACCUUAUGGAAACUUUUGGAAUGAAAUACAGGGAUGCAUUCAGCCACGUCCAGGAGAGGAGGUUCUGCAUCAACCCCAACGUGGGCUUCGUGCACCAGUUACAGGAAUAUGAAGCGAUCUAUUUGGCCAAACUGACCAUCAAAAUGAUGGCACCCAUGCAGUUGGGCAGAUCCUUCUUACAAGCCGGGAUGCCAGGAAGCCGUAAGCGUAGCCUGGAGGAGGACGAAGACUUUGGAUCAAUGCAGGUCACUGCAGCACAGAAUGGUUGAGCUUUGCUUAUAUAAGCCACGUGGCCCAGUGCACUCUUUUUUUUACAUUUUUAAUUGAAUUAAAAAUGUAAAUAUUUGAACUUUUUCUAAGAGGAUGGGAUGCGGGUGGGGAGGGCUGAGAAUCCUUCAUGUCUGAGACGUGAGGAGAGUUGAUGGGACAGGGCAGAUUGGACUUUUUUUUUUUUUUUCCUUGACCUGUAUGCACUGAGGGGAGAUUUUUUGCAUUUUUUUAGUAUUUAAAGCAUUUUGCAUUUGCAGCGGGACAGUAUUGCAAUAAUGCACUUUCGAUACUUGAAUUUGUGUAGAAGACCAGAGGGGGGGGCAUACAAAAGGGAAAGUAGCCAGGAUGUUGCCCAGGAUCUGAGGAGCUGAGCUAAUGCCUUUACUUUGGGAGUGGUAGGACUAACAAUAUGGACUAAUAUCAGCCGUAAUGUGAACUGGAUAAAAUAACUCCCUGCUUAAUAAAAGGAAGUUUGACUGAG